AUGGUGGAUGCUGUCGAUAGGGAUGGCGAGGACGAGGCAGACGAUUUGGCAAACAUGACGAUACCCACUCCCAGUGGCUUACGCAGACGUACGACUGGACAACUUUCUGGACGAAGACAGGUCUUUGAUGCCUUUGCGAAAGCUAUGGCUGGUACAUCGCCGGCCUUUCGGGGAAUGACGCUGAACAGGGGGCGCCCGAUCGACGUGAAAACAUGUGAAAACGAGCUUGGGUAUAAAAGACAGGUACAGCAACCCUUUACUGGCAUCGAUUCUUUCCACAUUACUAUUACUAUCCCCAUUAUGGACACACCUACACCAACACCAACUACGAGCAGGCCUGACGACAUCGCGGUCUCCUGGGUUGGCCAACUCCUCAGCAUACUCGUUCUGGUUCUCUCCCUUUGCUCAGAAUAUCAUAUUUUCACACCUGACACCGCCAUGACCAACUUUCGAAUCACCCUAACAACGGUCCACGUCCUCGCCGUUCUCGCACCAUUAUUCACAAGGCGCGACCGUCCACAUCAGUGGCUUGCGACAGUUAGUCACUGGGUCGGAAUCUCCGCUCUUUUGUGUAUCUUCUAUAUGACAUUGCCCAACACCCCUCUCAAGUUCUUCUUACUCCCCGUAUAUAUAGUCACCGCUUUUCUCCUCACAGCACUAGUAAUAACGUGCCUCCUGCUUCUCGUUGAGAGGAAGUUUGACUCCGAACGGUUGGGUGUCUUUGGGGAAAUUAUACUAUGGAUGGCGGACAAGAUAUUCUGGGUUUACCGCAAGAUCCUAAGUCGUCCUUUUGUGCUACAUCAUGAUUCGAAAACUGACGCACACUUUUAGAACAUCAGAUACGAGCACCUUUUUUUUUUUUUUUAGUUUCCGAUACAACCCACCAACAGACACAGAGAAGUGUCCGAAGUGAGCGUCUACUCAUCACAAUCCCUUCAAUUGAACUGACCACUGUAUUUUUUCAGCGAACCGACUUGGCGGAAGGAGAAGAAUAAGGUGGUCGGAUUGGAAACUCAGGCCUAGGAUUGAAGCUGUUGUAGAGCUAUUAUCAGAUAAUUAAUCAUACAAAUGUGUAAUAUGAACUUAAUAGAUUCAUAAACCGCAAUUAU